AUGAAAUUUAAUAUCAUCAUUUUAAGUACCUAUUUAUUAUAAGCGUUACUUUAAUCUCCCAAUUCAACAGAAUUGUGCUCUUGUGAAUAGUAUUUUAUGUAAAAAGUUUGUGACAAAGUUUCAAAAUGUUCUUGGAAUUAGAAUAAAAACAUUUGUGAGAAUCUCAUAUGUAAAAAUAAAGGAAGAACAUAUUGUAAUGGAUAUUAUUCAGAUUAUAAAUGUAAAUGGAAUGAAUAAAAAAAUGAAUGUAUAGAUUUUGAAACUACUCAAUGUGAAGAAAUAACUAAUUCUAUAGAUUGUUUAUUAUAUAAAAAUAAUUGUUCAUGGACAGUACUAGGAAAUUGUGAAAGUUUAGAUUGUUCAAAUGAUAUUGAUUGUUCAUUUGAAAGAUGCUCUUUUUAAAAUGGAACAUGUUCAGAUCCAAUAGAUGAAUUGAACUGUACCAAAAUAAAUAAAGAUUAAUGUGAUUACACUAGAAAUGGAAAAGGAUUAAUUUGUUUUAUUAAUGAUGAUGGAGAAUGUAAAACAUAUAAUUUAUCUACACAUAAUUGUUCUUAAUGGAGUGAUUAUUAAUUUGGAUGUUAAUCAAAUGAAUGCAAUUAUAAGGAUAAGUCUUGUAUAUAAUAGACUUGUAAAGAUAAAAAUGAAGAAAAUUGCCAUUAUAUUUAUUAAAAUGAUAGUAUGAUUUAAAUUCCCUGUUUUUGGUCUGGUAAGGAAUGCUUAAUUUAAGAACAAGUUGAUCUAACUAUAGUUUCAAAGGAUGAUUGUCAAAAAUAGAUGACAUUUGCCUGGUCUGAAAAUUAGAAAUGCGAAAAAUGCAUAGAUAGAUAGAUUGUUUAAGAGGAAGAAUCUUUAGAUGUAGAUUUGAUCAUUAGUCUUACAGUUUCAAUUCCAUUUACUUUAGGAUUGAUUAUAUUUUUGAUAUGGAAGUAUAAGGAAGAAAUAAGAAGAUUUUUUAAAAUUCAAGAAACAGAUGAUGUAAAUAAAAAUAUAAUUUAGGGAUGUAAUAAUUAGGAAAGAAAUAUCAUAGGGCACAAUUAUUAGAAUAGAUAACCGUUAUCUUGA